CCUUGUCAUUUUUAGUCAUUGGUUGGUCAAAGAUUUUUUGAAAUUACAAUAAUCAGAUAAUCGGGCGGUCGCUCAAGUGUUGGACUGUGAUAAGUUUACUUUAAGGUUGUAGUGAAAUAUCUGAUGUGCAUUUAAGUGAAAAAACAAUAAAUCAAGAUGCUUAUUAAAGAAUAUCGCGUCACCCUUCCUCUGACUGUAGAAGAGUACCAAGUCGCUCAGCUGUUCUGUGUGGCGGAGGUGUCCAAAAACGAAACGGGCGGAGGUGAAGGUAUAGAGGUGAUCAAAAAUGAACCAUUCAAGGAUUAUCCAUUGCUGGGUGGUAAAUAUUCAUCUGGGCAAUACACCUAUAAGAUCUACCACCUGGCUUCGAAGGUGCCAGCCUUCAUCCGUCUGCUAGCACCAAAAGGUUCCCUGGAGGUCCACGAGGAAGCGUGGAAUGCUUACCCCUACUGCCGUACUGUCUUGACGAAUCCCGGAUACAUGAAGGAGAAUUUCGUCAUUUGCAUAGAGUCUUUGCAUUUACCGGAUGUCGGGGACCAGAAUAAUGUCCACGAGCUGACCCCGGAGAAGUUGAAGAACCGCGAGGUGGUUCAUAUCGACAUAGCCAAUGAUCCGCUGUCCGCUUCCGACUACAAACCGGAAACUGAUCCAACGAAAUUCAAAUCCAGCAAGACUGGCCGCGGACCUCUCGUCGGUCCGCUGUGGAAGAACGACGUGACCCCCGUCAUGACCUGCUACAAACUCGUCACAGCCGAGUUCAAAUGGUUCGGCCUUCAGAGCAAAGUCGAGAAUCUGAUCCAGAAAUCGGAGCGGCGAUUGUUCACCAUUUUCCAUAGGCAAGUGUUCUGCUCCAUGGACGACUGGUACGGCAUGACCAUGGCGGACAUCCGCGCCAUUGAGGAGAGGACCAAGGAGGAGCUCGAGAAGCUGCGCCGGGAGGGCGAGGUCCGCGGCAUGAGGGCCGAGAACGAGUAGGACAGUCGACCCAUGACACAUGACCUCCGACCACCAGCAACCAGCAACAGCACCGGUCGCAGGUCAUCACAAGCGGCGGAUGACUACCGGACUAUAUAGAUUUCAUGUUACAAUGUGACCCUUGACCCCCAAACAUCUCGGUCGAAUCUCAAGGUCCAUUGUAAUCGGUCCGUUUAGCGUCCCCGCCCUAACAGAUGCCCUAGCCUCAGAGAUUGCGUUUAUUAAGACUGCUGGCAGUCGUAAGCUCAUUAUUUAUAUUCGCAUAUACAUUAUAUGUAAGGCCGCUGAUAGUCACGUGACUAUGGUUAUCACAUAUAUAUACAUAAAAAAAUCUCUAUGAACCAUGUAACCAUUUGAUUAUGAAAUAAAUGAAAUGACCUUGUCAAUGUGAUCCUACUUCAUCAAGUCUAUCUAUAUACACUGUGGUUCGUUUUUAUUCAGAAGCAAUAUAUAGUAUUAAAACAUAUAAAUGAUAUGGAUAAAUUUAAAUCAAUUGUGUUGUGGCCUGUUGAACACUUGCAGCGCUGUCUCAACUGAUGCGGGGGCACUUAAUAUUAGUUGGAAACAAUAAUUUUAUUGAAAUGUGGUAUAGUUGUAAACAUUUAAGGUAAUGUAGUCAAUGGUUAAACGUAGUUGUUACCUAAAGGAUGCAUCAGAUAUAAAGGUUUAGAGAGAGUAAUAAUAAAAAAAAAGCAUAUAUACAUACAUAUAUGUAACUUAGCAUCGAGAUUUUGUGGUUAAACGGCAUUUUAGCGGAUAAUAUUUAAAAUAUUUCAAUGUUUUUAUAAGUGUAUAACCCGUUACGGUCUGGGUUUAUUUGGCUGUUGUGUACAUAAUGCUAUAGGUCGAUGGCUCGAUGGUUAUCACAGCUUGGUAGUCGAUAAUAUGUUGGGGUAAUCAAUUUGAUUGUUUUUAAAACCGAUUGUGUCGGGUCCGAACAGACCCGUUCCGAUAGAACCGGGUUGGAUAUGAAAACCUUAUGUAAAUCAAUAUUUUGUGAAUCGUUUAAAUGAAACACAUUGAGAGCAGAACUGGUGAUGGUUGUACUGGUAUGGGAUGUAAUUUGGCAGUAAAAUAAUUAUAAAAUCACAACAUAUAUAUAUAUAUAUACUUUAUUAUAUAUAUAUAUAAUUAUAUAAAUAUUUAAGUGUGCUUAAUAGAGAACAGUAUUUUAAUAUUGAGUGACAUUCCAGUUGUUGUACCAAGAUAUGUUGAAAAUAGAUUUGUUUUUUACCUCUAGCUCUCUGUUGCUAUGCAGUUUGUAUUAACUGGCUGUACGCUGAUGCGAAAAAAUUAAUUAUUUAAAUUAUAUAAUACAUUUAUAAUAGUAAUGUUUGUAUUAAAUAAUGUUCCUUUGAAGCAAUUGAAAUAGUAUUUACGAUGGUUCCACAUGUUGAUAUGCCAAGAGUUGUCUGGACGGAACUAAAUUAUUAUUAUUAUUAUUAUUUUUUAUCAUUGAACAUUACAUGUUUGUUAGCUGAUGAGGUGAACGUUUCCAUGCUUCGUAAUUUUCCACAGCUCUGGCUAAUAAUAUUUGCUUUUUAUUCGUUUUUUUUUUUUUCCUUUUUAUAAGUUCUUAUAAGUUUUUUUUUUAUUGAAUACACCAUAAUAUACAAUUUGGGCGAAGUCUUUUAUUUAUUAUUCUUUCGCAUUUAACGUACUUAAUUUUUAUUUCUUUUUCUUUCUUGAUCUUUUCAGUUACUAUUAGUGCUUGGAAAGAUGGGUUAGAACGAAAAACAAAAAAAAAAAAAAUAUUUAAAAAUUAAGUACUUAGGGUUGUCUUUGGAAACGUAGAUUGUAAUUAAAAUAUUUUUUCUUCUAUAUAUAAUAAAAUAUUUUAUGUAAUACUGUAACAAAUAAAAUUUUAGAUCGCUUAAUACGAAGUGCUUCGACUUUGCUAGUAGUUCAUCUAGAUAAUACAUUCUCCACAUAUAAAUGUAUCUGUACUUAGUAUAGCCAACGAUUAAUGAACUUUAUAAUUAAUAUAUAACGACAAACGGAGGAAUGCGCAUAAUAUAGUCAUAUAACUAUAUCAUAAUUUCAUAAUUAUAAAAAUUUUGAAACUUGUUUGAAUGUAGUAGUAGCUAUGAGACAUCACGCUGACGUAUAGCAUAAAGCAUAAUAUGUAUAGAAGCCGAAGUUGUCAAUUUAAAAUUAUAGCAAAUAUAGUUUCGAUGGAUUCUCGCAUUGAUAUAUAAGUUUAAGUGAUGACAUUUGUUGUAAAAUGUAUUAUGAAUAUUUUGAAUGCCAACGUAAAUAAAAUAAUUUUAACCUGC